AUGGCGCCUACUCCAAGUUUAAUCUCUCAUGCUUUCCGCCUGUGUUUCUCCUCCAAGAUCGCGUUCGUCCUUCGCCUCGUCCUCGGAUGCGCUGCAUUUGCGCUCGUAGUCCUUACGUACAUCUGCUACUGGACCAUAUUUGCCACCGGCCUCUCGCCGCAGGCGGAGGAGUUCCGCGACACGUGGGACUCGUGCGUGACGCAGCGCGCGGGACAUCUAUUCAAGCUAAACAUGCUGUCGGAUCUGCAUUCGCAGAAGUGCACGGAUCUGGUAGAAGCCGCCGUCGCCAAAGGGGAGGCAUUGAUGGCGCGCGGGCGGGACUUGCGUGAACGCGGGGAGGCGGAGCACCAGGUUGCUGACGGGUGCACGGUGACGUACGACGCGAGGGCGGAUCCGUGGGAUAACCAUCCGCUGCCUCCUAACAGGUUCUCCCAGUCGGGAUCAUGCCUGCUGGAGUGGGUAAUCUACUCGUCUGAAUGCGGGGUAAACAUGGUGCGCCUCGCGGAUUUCGCGCACAUGGCGGGGAUCAGCUUCUCCAUAAUCGGAAGCCGCCAGCCGUGGACGGGCCAAGGCGGCCGCCUGCGCGCCAUCCGCGACUUCCUCGCGGCGCUGCCGCGUGAUCGCGUCGUGAUCACCACCGACGCCGACGACGUCUUUCUCAUGCCGCACCCCAGAUGCCGCCCGCAAAAAUUCCUCGACGCCUUCUUCGCGCUCAACGCGCCCGUAGUUUUCGGCGCGGAGAUAUUCUGCUGGCCAGAUUGGAAGAAGCUAGAGCCGUACUUUCCUCAUAAAAGAGAUUCGUCUGUGAAUCGGUUUCUUAAUGCGGGAGCUUAUGGCGGGUACGCGUGGGCGGUGGCGGAGAUCAUCGAUCUGAUCUACGUGCGCGACUGCAUGCAGGACCAGCGCGGGUUCAUUCUCGCGUUCCUCGCGCAGCAGUACCUCUUCCGCGACAUGCCGCGCGCGCCCAACCCCGACCCCUCCGCCGUGCGCGCCGCGUGGGAAUCGCCGAGCGACGUGGCGGAUGCGGUGCGCGCGCAGGCGGAGGCGGCGGAGUCGGCGAGCAGAGCGGCGUGGCGGAACAACCGCACGGUGCAGUUCGACUCCGCCAUGUCGCCGUUCCACCGCCUGCCCGCCAAGCCUAAGCAGCGCGUCAUGGACGAAGCGCGGCGCGCCGGGCACAGGGGCGCGGCGGCGGUGAUGGCGGCGCCGUUCAUGAAGCUGGACCACUACAGCUCGCUGUUCAUGCACCUGGGGGGUCUCAACUGGGACAACUUCACGAUUCUGGGUACAGGGGAGCAGGCGCUGGUGCGACAGGUUAAUUCGGGGGGGGAGGCAUGCAUCUUGCACCAGCAGGGGAAUAAGCUCACCAAUAUCUCCAUGCCUUAUAUAAUGAAGGAGACCGGUUUGGAGGAGCUGAGAGAGGCGCGAGGGGGGAAGCAGAGAAGAGGAUGGGGGAAAGCAGAGAAGGGGAUGGGGGGAAGCAGGGAAGGGGAUGGGGGAAAGCAGAGAAGGGGAUGGGGGGAAGCAGAGAAGAGUUUGGGGGGAAGCAGAGAAGGGGAUGGGGAAAAGCAGGGAAGGGGAUGGGGGGGAAGCAGAGAAGGGGAUAGGGGGAAGCAGGGAAGGGGAUGGGGGGAAGCAGGGAAGGGGAUGGGGGGAAGCAGUGAAGGGGAUGGGGGAAAGAAGAGAAGGGGAUGGGGGGAAGCAGUGAAGGUGAUGGGGGAAAGCAGAGAAGGGGAUGGGGGGAAGCAGGGAAAGGGAUGGGGGGAAGCAGGGAAGGGGAUGGGAGGAAGCAGGGAAGGGGAUGGGGGAAAGAAGAGAAGGGGAUGGGGGGAACCAGGGAAGUGGAUGGGGGGAAGCAGGGAAGGGGAUGGGGGGAAGCAGGGAAGGGGAUGGGAGGAAGCAGAGAAGGGGAUGGGGGGAAGCAGGGAAGGGGAUGGGGGGAAGCAGGGAAGGGGAUGGGGGGAAGCAGGGAAGGGGAUGGGGGGAAGCAGGGAAGAGGAUGGGGGAAAGCAGGGAAGGAGAUGGGGGGAAGCAGGGAAGAGGAUGGGGGAAAGCAGGGAAGGGGAUGGGGGGAAGCAGAGAAGGGGAUGGGGGGAAGCAGGGAAGGGUAUGGGGGGAAGCAGGGAAGGGGAUGGGGGGAAGCAGGGAAGGGGAUGGGGGGAAGCAGGGAAGGGGAUGGGGGAAAGCAGGGAAGGGGAUGAGGGGAAGCAGGGAAGGGGAUGGGGGAAAGAAGAGAAGGGGAUGGGGGGAAGCAGGGAAGGGGAUGGGGGGAAGCAGAGAAGGGGAUGGGGGGAAGCAGUGAAGGGGAUGGGGGAAAGAAGAGAAGGGGAUGGGGGGAAGCAGGGAAGGGGAUGGGGGGAAGCAGAGAAGGGGAUGGGGGGAAGCAGUGAAGGGGAUGGGUGGAAGCAGGGAAGGGGAUGGGGGGAAGCAGGUAAGGGGAUGGGGGAAAGCAGGGAACGGGAUGGGGGGAAGCAGGGAAGAGGAUGGGGGGAAGCAGAGACGGGGAUGGGGGAAGCAGGGAAGGGGAUGGGGGGAAGCAGGGAAGGGGAUGGGGGGAAGCAGGGAAGGGGAUGGGAGGAAGCAGAGAAGGGGAUGGGGGAAAGCAGAGAAAGGGAUGGGGGAAGCAGAGAAGGGGAUGGGGUAAAGCACGGAAGGGGAUGGGGAGAAGCAGGGAAGGGGAGGGGGGGAAGUACAUGA